CAUGGCAUCAAAAACUAUAAUGGGAAAGUCAGCUGGUUAAUUUAGGCAGUAGAAGGAAUCGAGUUAAAUUUAUCAAUUUUGCAAAAUGUUGUUAAUGAAAAGAUUUUGUUGUGGCUUUCAACGCAUCAAUGCUAUUACAAAAACAAGGCAGCCCGGUGAUACUUUGGAAGUGAGAGGUUGGAUCAAAAGUGUAAGGCGCUUAAAGAACAAUGUAUUUUUUGAUAUCAGCGACGGUUCUACAAUGCAAAAAUUUCAAAUUGUUGUUCCAAAAAGUGAACAAUUGAAAACCAUAUCUGCCGGCAAUUUGGUGAAAGUUGUGGGUCAAUUGCAAGUGGCACCGCAAGGUCACUACGAAUUGCAUGCUAACAGCUUGGAAACUAUAGCGGAAGGAAACUUAAAUUCUGGAUAUCCCUUUUCUCCAAAACAGCAACAUGACCCAGAAUAUGUCAGAGAAUAUUUGCAUUUAAGGUCUCGCACUAGUUGUACGGCAGCAAUUAUGCGUUUAAGACAUAAAGCUCAAAUGGCGUUGCACGAGUUUAUGGACAAACAUGAUUUUAUACAUAUCAACACGCCCAUACUAACUACUAAUGACUGCGAAGGCGCUGGAGAAGUCUUUACGGUGCAACCCGACUCCAAUGAACUCCUUAAACAAAUGUCACGUCCUUCUGUUCCUUUAAAUCAAAGUUAUUUUGAUUCCAAAGUUUAUCUCAGCGUUUCAGGUCAACUGCAUUUAGAAUCCAUGUCUUAUGGUUUGGGCAAUACAUACACAAUAAGCCCCGCAUUUAGAGCGGAAAACUGCAAAUCUCCUUUACAUUUGUCUGAAUUUUACAUGUUUGAAGCUGAAUUGGUAUUUAUAGAAAAUCUCGAGGAACUUUGCCGUUUCAUUGAAAAAAUGAUUAAAAGCGUGACAAAUGACAUUCUAAAAUCUAGUGAGGCUGAUAUUCAAUACUGUCAAAAUCAGACUGUGAGAGAAAACUUUAAUCUUCAGUGGCUACGAGAUGCUUGGCCAAUAUUAAGCUAUAAUGAAGCUUCUGAUAUAAUCCUUCGAAAUAAAGAAAAAUUCAAGACUGCUGUUAAAUCUAAUGAAGGCUUUUCGAAGGAACAAGAACUAUUUUUAGUCGACUACUGUAAGGCUCCCGUAUUUGUGGUGAACUGGCCAGCCGCCCAGAAGCCCUUUUAUAUGAAAAUUUCACGCGAAGAUCCUUCAAAAGUACAUGCUUUAGACUUGCUUAUGCCGGUGGUAGCAGAACUAUGCGGAGGUAGUUUGCGCGAAUGUGACGUAAAUCGAUUGCAGGAACAUCCCCAUUUCCCUGAAGGCUUAGAAUGGUAUCUGGAAUUGCGAAAGUUUGGAGGUUUACCGACCGGAGGUUUUGGGAUGGGAUUUGAGCGCUUUCUGCAAUUACUAACUGGAGUGAAAAAUAUUAGAGACGUUAUACCAUUUCCUAGAUAUCCUCAUAGUUGUAAAAUGUAAAAAAAUAAAG